AAUAAUAUUUAACCCUUUCAAAUCAAAAGAAAAUAGUAGUGCUUGACGUCAUGCGAAUGAUGAAUAUUAAGCGAUUGUGAUUUGGUUAUAAGUGGCGUUUUGUGUGGACACGUAUUAAUGUAUUUAGUGAAAUUACAAAAAUGGAAACCGAUUGGAUGAUAGAAGACUCGACGACACCUAAGGUGACGUCAUUAACAUCGUUGGACACAGGGGUUCGGCCCGCUCCGAGUGGAGCAGCGUACGUGGCUGAACGGAACACAUGUCUCAAUUUAUUCUCAAGAUGGAACGAAACAGACCAGGUGGAAUUUGUGGAACAGUUACUGGCGCGAAUGUGCCAUUAUCAACAUGGUCACAUCAAUGCAUACCUCAAACCGAUGCUGCAGAGGGAUUUCAUCAGCAUGCUUCCAAAAAAAGGCUUAGAUCACGUAGCGGAAAACAUCUUAUCCUACCUUGACGCUAGUUCCCUCUGCGCUGCGGAGCUGGUCUGUCGCGAGUGGCAGCGUGUUAUAUCUGAGGGUAUGCUGUGGAAGAAACUCGUGGAAAGGAAAGUUCGAACUGACUCGCUAUGGCGAGGACUCGCUGAGAGGAGAGGAUGGAUAAUGUACCUGUUCAAACCGAAGCCUGGUUGCCAGCAUCCGUCUCAUUCGUUCUACCGUCAGCUCUACCCGAAGAUCAUUCAGGACAUACAGUCGAUAGAGGACAACUGGCGUAUGGGAAGACACAACUUACAAAGGAUAAAUUGUCGAUCAGAGAACUCGAAGGGUGUCUACUGUUUGCAAUAUGAUGACAACAAGAUUGUGUCCGGACUGAGAGACAAUACAAUCAAAAUAUGGGACAGAAAGACGUUACAGUGUGUUAAGGAGCUGCAGGGCCACACGGGCUCGGUGCUGUGCCUGCAGUACGACGAGCGCGCCAUCAUCUCGGGCUCCUCGGACAGCACGGUGCGCGUGUGGGACGUGACGACGGGCGCCAUGCUCAACACGCUCAUACACCACUGCGAGGCCGUGCUGCACCUCCGGUUCUGCAACGGCAUGAUGGUCACGUGCAGCAAGGACCGGUCGAUAGCGGUGUGGGACAUGACGUCGACGACGGAGAUCAUGCUGCGGCGCGUGCUGGUGGGGCACCGCGCCGCCGUCAACGUCGUGGACUUCGACGAGAAGUACAUCGUCAGCGCCAGCGGGGACCGCACCAUCAAGGUGUGGAACACGUCGUCGUGCGAGUUCGUCCGCACGCUCAACGGUCACAAGCGAGGGAUCGCGUGCCUCCAGUACAGGGAUAGACUGGUGGUGUCCGGCUCCUCGGACAACACUAUCAGGCUGUGGGAUAUCGAGUGUGGCCAGUGUAUACGUGUGCUGGAGGGACAUGAGGAACUUGUUCGGUGUAUACGGUUCGACAACAAGCGCAUCGUGAGCGGCGCGUACGACGGCAAGAUCAAGGUGUGGGACCUGCGCGCCGCGCUCGACGUGCGCACGCCGCACCAGGACCUCUGCCUGCGCACGCUCGUGGAGCACACGGGUCGUGUAUUCCGUCUUCAGUUCGACGAGUUUCAAAUCGUAUCCUCAUCCCACGACGACACGAUCCUCGUGUGGGACUUCCUAAACUACGGCGGGACUUCGCCGGCAGCGCCGCCCCCGCGACGCACCUCCGCGGAGCUCGACCGACCCUUCUAUGACUAGGUAAACUUAACGGACCGCAUUUGGACGUUAUUGUUAUAAUAACGGGUGAACAAAUAGAGCGGUAUCACAUCGCCCCCCUCCAUUCAAUAAAGUGAAGUGACAUUGUACUCAAGCAAAGUGUCGGGAAAGUGAAGUGUUAAAGUGAAAAUGAUACAUUUACCUGUGACUCGAGUGCUACUAUUUUGUAUUUUAUUUCUAAUAUGGGUUAUCGUAAAAUGGAUCUCAGAAAGCAUCCUAUGAAUACAAUUUGGCUGUAAGUUUUCAUUAAUAAUAGUUAUUUACAUAUAACGUCAUAAUUUCGCCUUAUAAUUCAACCAUAUAUAUGUAUAAUGGAUGUUCUGAUUGAGUCGUAUAAAAAUGUAUAACAUGUUAUUGAAAAUGAUAGAUUAAACAGACCGUAACACCAAUUUUAUCGAUAAGAUUUAUCAUGGAAUUGAGAUGUGAUGUUAUGCAGUAGCGUGUUUUAUGUAUUUAAUGUUUGAACAGUAAUCUGAAUGAAUUUUAGUCGCUAGAAUUAUUGAUUUCUAUAUUGAAAUAUGGCCUGAAAAUUCUGUAUAUAUUGUUUGAAGACGAGAAAUUUGCUUUGUGGUAAUUUGAGUGUUAAUAACAAUUGUGUGUACAGUGAUUUAAUACUAUCCUGGUUAAAAUUAGUUUAAUGUACAUUAAGGGAAAGACAGCUCAAGUUGGUUUUAUUUCUAUAAGUGUGACGUCUGAGUGUAUGUUGAGUGACAUACGUCAUAUUUCUUAGUCUAUACACU